AUGGCGGGUCUGAGUAGAAAUGGCGUUCGGCCGUUGCUCAAGACUGUCCGCGGGAAACGCCAUGCGACCGACGAUGAUCACGAGCCGACGGCAAAGAGACAGGCGAACAGCGAAGCAGCAGCUCGAAAGCAACAGGAGGAAAUUGACAUUAAUGCUGACCCAAUCUCCUCGGAUGAUGAAUUACGCGCACCUCCGCCCCGAUCAACCAAGCCCGCGAAACCCAGUAUACCCGCAUCGAGUAGCGCAGACACGGAAUUGAAGCGACCACAGAAGCCGGCCGUCAAGAAGAGCACGUCGAUCCGAGCACCAGCAAGAGGGACAUAUCAAAGCAGUCAAGCACAUAAAGCGGGCAACGGUCGAACUGACGACAAGGAGAAUACUCCUACGUCUUCCAAGUCUGCUCCCAGUGGCCCAAUUCAGUGGGGCAUGGAGCAUGUUUCGCAGAAGACGAGCAAAAAUGCCAAAGGAUACGGUUCCAAGACCAAGAACAUACAUGCGGCAGUACCAAAGAAAUUUGGCAAAAGAGCAAUAAUGAGCGCUGCCCCGUCUUACGGAUCACCAAACCAGUCCAAGAGCAAGCAGCCGCCUCCGGACUCGGAAAGCGACUCGGAAGUCUCCAUGUUAGAUGACGAUGAGCUUGAGAAGCUCGCAGAAGAAGUGAAUGGCGCAGAAAUGUCUGAAGACACCGAAUUGCGAAGAGUAGGCAGUAAGCCGAAACGAACACAGACGGAUAGCAAGAACGCUAAAGCCGCUCCUCUGGAUGACGAUGAACUAUCUGAUUCGAAAAACUCUGCAAAAACAGCCCAGCUCUUCAACCAACUCAGCUCCUGGAAAGAGAGCCAAGACAUAUCCUCUUCGCAGCCCGACUCGAGCGCAGCACAGGAACACCUCGACGACGUGAGCAACUACAUUGAGCGGCUGCCUCAAAUCGAAGAAGAAGGCUCACGCUGCACGCUCUGCAACGAAGCCGUCAACACGACCGACUACUGGGCCUUCUGGAAAGGCAAGCCCAAAACCGUAAAGCACAAAUCCGCCUUCUGCCACCUCCACAAGAAGCUCUCCGCGCAGCUCGCCUACGAGCAAGCCGGGUACCCAUGCGUCGACUGGAAAACGCUUCCACGGCGCCUCCGCAGACACAAAGCCACCUUAACCCAGAUCCUGCACAACGAGCGGCCCAGCACCCACCGCGCGCGCUACGAGCCCCUCGCGCUGACAGGCAAAGCCGCCGCCGUGCCCUCAACCCGAACGGACCUGUCCCACGCCAAACAGCAGGAACUAGCUUCCUAUGCGCUCGACGAGCGCGCCGCAUACCCGGGCUACUACGGGCCCCACGGCCGCCGCCUCAUCACAGAAAACAUCAUGGACCUGCUCAAAACAGACAUCAAGGCGUGCGCCGACAGCGUCGUCCAGGCCUCGGGCAUCGCCGCCUUCGUCCAGGCGGUGCUCGUGCCUGAAGCCGCCGUUCUGCUCAUCAUGCAGGACUGCGGUGUCGAUGCGCUGGAGGCCGAGCGCAUUCGAUCAGACACGUAUGAUAUGGGCUUGCUUUUGCACGAGGAGAUUGAGGACGAGGUGCUCAGGAGGCCCGAGGAUGAGACCGAUGAUGAGACGGAAUAUUAG